GAUGAUAAAAAAUUAAGUGAUAAUAACAUGAUCAAACUUGGGUUUCCUUCACUCUCUACAACUAUCGGGCAAAUACCAAUCGAUGAAGCUGCACGUAUUGCUUGUGAAGUUAUAAAAGAAUUUUUAAAUUCUCACAAAAAUGAUUUAGACUUUCAAUUGAUUUUGAUCGAUCAAGAUGAUCGAGUGUUAAAUGCCUUUGAAUUGGAAUGGGAGAAAUUUAGAGAUAAUGAGGAAUCAAGGUUUCAAAUGAAACUUGGAGAUUUUGUUGAAAUAAUGAUUGAAACUGAGAUAGAGUAUGAUCUAAAAUUUUUGUCAUAUUUCACUUGGUUAAAACCCGGUGUGACACCUUUGGGUAAAAGUUUAUAUGACGUUAUAGGAUCAAAAUUAUUUGAAGAGAUAAAACGGCUAUAUCCGGAUCCGGGAGUAGUUGGUGAAGCAUAUCCCGUACCUAUACCAUCAGCCAGUGAAUUUUAUCAAGGCGUAAAACAGAUCAUAUACGUAAUUUCUCCAAACAUGAACCCUUCUCGAUCAGAUCCAGUUUCUCUUGAUGUUGCUAAAAAUGCCCUUAAAGAAUCAUAUCAAUCGAUGUUAAACGCCUUCUGGACAUUAAAAAAUGGUCAACAAUAUACUCCAAGGGGACAACAAUCACAAGAGAAAAGAUCUGCCU